AUGAAUUUAAGAAGAGUGCUGCAGGGUUGUGUGUGGCUGAUGCUGUGGCACAGGAUUGUGGGAUACCCCGUGGACUGCACGGAGGACCAGCCGGACGGCACACGCUGCCCCUCCAUCACCCUGGACAAGCUCCUGGAACGGAUCAUCCAGCACGCCGAACUCAUCUACAAAGUCUCCGAGGAGUCCUGCACACUGUUUGAGGAAAUGUUCAUCCCCCUUACGAUACGGCCUCAGCUGAUCCGUGGAGGGAACUCGUGCGGCACCAGAUCUGUUCCCGGAUCCAAGGGUGAAAUCCAGCAGAUCUCAGAUAAGUGGCUCCUUCAUUCGACGCUGAUGGUGAUACAGUCGUGGGUCGGGCCCUUGCAUAGUCUGCAGAUCACACUGGACCUCUACGACCACGCACCGGAAACUCUUCUCAACAAGACUAAGUGGAUGUCCACCAAGCUGAUGAAUCUCGAGCAGGGGGUGAUAGUCCUCAUCAAAAAGAUGCUGAAUGAAGACAUUGUGGUGUCUGAGCCCAGCCAGAACAUGACCCACUACAUGACACAGCCCAACAUGGUGGAGUCUGUGCUGACCGACUAUACCCUUCUCACCUGCUUCAAGAAAGACUCCCACAGGGUGGAGACCUUCCUGAGGUUGCUCAAGUGUCGUCAGUCCGACAGGCUCGGCUGUUUCCUGUACUAA